AUGACAGCGCCCCCUCCCCCGAAUACUGGCGGGACGAGCGGCGCCGUCCAUGACCGUGCCGGUCCUUUCAGUCCCGCGCUAAAGCCUGGGCUUGGAUCUUGCGCCUCAUGUGUCCAUUUUUCCUGCUCUUCGUACUCCACGACCGCUCCACCGACCCCGCCUGCUUCCUCGUACUCUCUGCCGCGGUUCUGCGGCCUCCCUCCCGCCCCGCGCCCAGGCUGCGCAUCUCCGCGGCAAAUGCGCGCCGCCCCCGUUUCGGCUGCAGCCAGACCGCCGCAAUUUGCUGCCCGGUCUGCUCCCAUUCUCAGGGCGUCUUCUUCCGAGUCCUCGGUCCCUCCUGUCUGUGCCUCUGUCCCCCCCCUCGCUCCGUGGUCGCCGCCGCUCGGCUCCGCGCCAGCCAGGAACGGAGGUUUCGAAAAAAAUCCCUUCGCCCUGACGGGGGCGCUUUUUCUGGGAUGGGGAGGCGACGAAUCCCGUGGGGUGAACUCUGACGACCAGCAGAGAGAAGAGGGGAGAAGACCGUUCGAGGAGGGAAGCAGACACGUCCGCCUAACCGCGGACGCAUCACAAAGGGGCAGGUCCGCAGACGUGCCUGCGCGAAGGACUGGAGCCUCGCUCGUUUUACUUUCCGCCGGAAAAGAGACAAACGCCCUCUCCGCGGAGGCACUUGAGAGCGGCGAACUCGAGCGCAAGAGAAGCGCUUCACAGGGAGGAGGGGGCUGCUACGGGCCUGCCCACGCGGGCGGCGAGAGAGCCGCGGCGCCCAGGACGGAUGCGCAGCCGACUUCCGCAUCGCAGAUGCAACUGCGGAUUGAGGAGAAAGUGAAGCUCCAGUUUCUGAAGCUAACUGACGGGUAUGCGUCUCAAAGACCAGCCGCGCGUCUUCUCAGCAAACAUCAGACCUCCGGCCGCUCGCCCCAGCACGCCGCUGCACGCGGCUCGACUGCCGCCUCCCCUUUUGCGUUUCCAGCCUUGUCGCCGCUGCCGCCGACCGCGGCGUUUCUCCACGAGAAAGUGCAGCAAGAGGUGCAUAGAACGACUUCGCUCCCUGCCCCCUCUUUCGCGCGUGCAAGCCGCCGCCCUUCUCUCUCUUCGUUUUCUGAGGCAGCAGCGAAGCACCCCGAGAGCAGCCUCGCUAGCCAAUCCGUCGACGCGUCGCCGACCUCGCCAAGGGGGAGCAUCCGGACUGAACAGACUCUUCUUUCGUCUUGCUCCUCCGUCUGCAGCUGCACAGAGGCGUUUCCGCUCAGCGCCGCCUCGCCCUUGCCGGGGCAGGAGGCCCCCGAGGCAGAGCGCCAGAGCUGCAAAACCGAGGCUGGCAGCGGAGAAGAAUCCCAGCAGGAGAGCAAAUCAGAGCUGCGCCCUACCCUUGUGGGAGACGGAGAAAAAGGAGAGACAAAAAACUUGAAGCAACCAGGGGAAGGCAGCGAGGAGUACACCCGCGCCGGCAGCCUUCGGGAAUCAAUAGAGACAGAAAGAACAUCUCACCGACCGCUGGAGGGGGUCGUGCGAACUGGCACAGCUGAGCAAGCGCCAGGCAGAGAGAGCCGUGACCCCAAGGAGCCUGUUCAAGAUACACCUGGGAGCGAGAGCGGGCAUCAAGCUGAAAACGCGUCCCUGGGUUUGCAGGCAGACAAAAAGUCGCUGUCGCGUUCCCCCUUAUCACGCCCAGCCGCCCACUCUUACUCCUCUGCUUCGUUGCCGUUCUCCGCCUCUUCGUCCUCGUCCCAAUACGACGCUCGCAGUCCGUCGCACGCGCCGUCUUCCUGGGACGAAGAGGAGUCCGGUUUCUGUUCCCUGCCCGCGCGCCGCGAAGAUCGAGACGCCGACGCUCUCGCGAGGAGUGCCUACAACUCCUCCAUGGAGCGCGUAGUGUCUUCGCCGCGCCCCCUCUCACCUGCGUCUCUUGACCGACGCGCUUCUCCGCCCCUUCGACGCGGAGAUCGCGGCGGCCGCCUUCCGUCCUAUUCCUCUCUGCACUCCACUGUGUCGUCGUCGUCCAUCUCGUCUUCCAGAUUCAUGGGGCUGGCUCGCACGGCGCAGUCGCUCCAGGCGCGGCUUCUGCUCAACUUGCAGAAGAAGCGCGAGGAUGAAGAAGAAGAGUUCUACCAGCUGACCGAGCGGCAGGAGCGCGAGAUCUCCACUUUGCGGCGUGAGGUCUCGGAGCUGAAGAAAGCGCUCAAGAGCCAGGAGAGUCAAGAGGAGUCUCGCCAGUCUUUCCUGCGCGAACGAGAAAACCAGUUAGCCAGCGCACUCCAGGACAGAGAGAAGGCGCGCGAGCGAGAGCGGAAACGGCGGGAGGAGAAGGAACAACUCGAGGACCGACUGCGAGACACCGAAGAGCGUCUGGGCGAGAAGGAGACGCUUGCGAAGAUGGAACGCAAGAACCUGGAGGCAGUGUGGAGGAAGCGGCUCAUGAAGGAACGCGAAGUCUUCCAACACGAAGUAGAAAAACUCCUGAAAGCGAAGGAGGAGCUCGAAAACUCUCGCAAAAAACUCGCCAACCAGGUGAAGGCCCUCCGGACUCGCUUGGGGCGAGCCGCGCCCUACGCGGUGCCCGAACCGAAGAAGGACGGAGAUCAGGCAGAAAAGGAAAGCGAAGGAAAAGCGACAGCGACCGCUGCGCCAAGUGUCGCGCAACCAGACUUUCAGACGGCCAAGACUCAUGAACUGACCUCGUUUGUGGCACUUCCACCCCCGGCAGAACGUGAAGAAAAAGAAACUGAGAAUGAAAUGCAUUCCCAAAAGGAACCGAAGGGAGAACGAAGAGACGUAGAAACGACGAAAGAGGGCGAGCGCCUGAGCGCCAACUCCUCGUGGACAGGCGUCGCUUGCGGUGAAAAAACCGGAGUCCCUCACCGUGUUUCGGCAGACCAGGCACCAGAGUCCCCUCUGCCCGUCUCCUGUUUGGCUCACGGAGACUCGCAAAGUCACGACUCUCUCUCUUCUGCUCCAUGGACAUCCGCCAAGCCAUCUACAGGGCUACAAGCGGAGGAUCGAACCGCCUUGACAUCGCACGCGGCCGCUCACGCCUCCCCUCACGCCAUCCACCCCUCUGCAAAGAGCGACAGAGACGAGACGCAGCAGGGAGAUAGAGAGCUUUUGCGCUCGUUCUCCUCCCCGAGGAGACUGCCUCUCCCGAUGCGGCUGCUUCGGGGCGCGAGCGAACGCGACAUCACGUAUGCGAGGAACCCAGACUUCCAAAGUUCGCCACCUCUGUCGUUAGCGGAGGAGCUCGCAGCUGUGGAGGAGCAAAGCAGAAGGAAAAAUGAUGCGGAAGACGCGGAGAAGAGGACGCGGCGACAGCGGAGAGACCCCAUAGGCGACGUGCGAGUGAGAGCCGCGGAUUCGGCUCUUGGCGAUGCAGACGCCACUGGGGCGACGGAUAUGACAAGGUUACCGGGACAGAGGGAAUGCACAGAGAAAGCCAAAGCUUCUCUCCUCGGGUUCGAUCCCCCGAUCUGUGGAGUUGCUGCGGCCGACGCGCUGUCUGACGACACAACGACGUGCUCGUUUUUCUCGCUUCCCGGCAGAGACUGCGACGACGCUUUCGCGCAAAUGUCGUCUCUCACGCUGUCCACGGCUUCAUCUUCCGCGUCUCUGCCGGCAGUUGAGAGGCCGGCGCCCUUCGUUGACCUCGAGGGUCAGCAGCUCUUGAGGGAAGAGCCAAAGGCCGAAGGCGGUGGGAGCCAGCGAGAAGCGUCUGGAGCCCCUGGGGAGAAGCUGCCGCUCUUGGCGAAAGCGGCCGCAGAAGGCCCCGCCCCGCCGCCUGUGCGUGCCGCGAGCGCCGACUCCAAGGCUGUCUCGUGCCCGCGGCGCAUCCGCUCGCUUGUGUCGAUUGUGCGUCUGUCCAUCUUCUGGCUCUGCCCGAGAAGGAAGGAUCCCGAGCUCCUGUCCGACGAAGACGUGGUCGCCCCACGAAGCCACGGGCGGGCCGCGGACUGCCAGGGCUCCGUCCCGCCCGAAGGCGCGCGCCCGCCAGACGAGCAGCCUCUCCUCGCUGAGGAGGAGGGAGAGGACGGAGAAGCAGCGGUAUCUGGAAGCGCGGCUCUCGGGUGCCACAGAGAGGUAACCAGCGCAGUCAUGCGGCCGCAGGCGCAGUGGGUGUGA